AUUAAUGUUAAUUCCAAUUAUUCUCCUCUUAGCUUUAGCAAAAUGUUAAGAUGAAGUUAUCAAUCAAGAAGGUAUUGAAACAAUACAGGAAAUCUCCCCAGAAGAACAACUUAGAUUGUUGUAGGAAUAGAAACUAAAGAAAGAGAGAGACACUAUUUAUUAUACGUGUAUCAUUUUAGCCAGAAUGCAUUUGGGAAAUUAUGGAAGUGAACUUGUUGAAAUUGUAGACAAGUGAGUAUUUAUUAGUGAUUAUAGUUAAGCAUCAAAGGAAGAAUAAUAAAGUGUUUGGAUUAAAUUAUAUACAACCCAUGCAAUUUCAUGUUCCAAAUAACUCAACUAUGAUGAAAGUGUUUAAGUGCUAUUAUAAGUGAGAUCAGAGGAAUUUGAUCAUUCAAGAUUGCCUGCUUUAUUUUCUGAGAUCGAUUUUAAUUAAUUCAGAAAUGGUUCUUGGGAAAGAGAAAUCAGUGAAUUGGAAAAUACAGUGUGGAAAUACAUUGAAGUAUCGAAUUUGUUGAAAUAUGAUAGGAUUUCGAAUCUGCAUUGGCAGAAGAUUCAAACAAGAAAAAACAAUAGGAGAAAGAGCGUGACGAAAAUUAUUAUGACUUAGAUUUAGAAUACUUGAAGAUUGCUGCUUAGUAGACGAAAGGAAAACAUAGAAAUUUAUAUGAUUAUCAACCAAAAUUACAAAAAGCCAACUUUUCAGAUAUUCUAUUUUUAAUAUUUGUUUUUCUUUGCAUCGGAGCAGGUAUAACAUGGAUUAUAAGGAAAUUAAGUACAGCAGACGAAUAAUAGAAAAAGAAGAAAACUAAACAGAAUUGA